AUGCAGCAAUACGGCACAACUCCCCGCCAGGGGAUGUCCAAAUGGUGGUGCAUCAGCUUCUUCAUCGCCGCCAUCAUCUUCUUCAUCAUUGGCGGUGCUCUGAUGGGCACCUAUCUCAACUCCAGCUACUCCACUUGCUACUCGUCUUCCUACUAUUCUUCCUACACCUACGACUACUCCUGCCUGGAUGGCAACAUGGGCGAAUGGUACGGCGGUAUCGCCAUGAUCGCUCUCGGCGGUGUCUGCAAGUUCAUCGGCUGGGUUCUUCUCAUCGUCUUCUGCGUGCAACGCCGUCGCUUCAUCCAGACCAACAUCACCUACGUUAACCAGACUCCCAUGGAGCCCGUGCCUCAGCCGGGCUACGUUGCUCCCCAGCCGACCUAUCCUCCUCAGCCUGUCGCUGCUCAGUUCCCUCACUCGCCUGCCAGCCCGGCGCCCUACCCAGCUAGCGUUGGCACUCCCCCUCCUAAGGAGGCCACUGCUACUGCCUUCAGAUACUGUGGUCAGUGCGGUACCGCUGUGUCCAGCCGUUUCUGCCCUCAGUGUGGUACUGGCAACUAA